AUGGAGCAGGUCUUGGUGUCUAGCCCUACUGGGCGUUCAGAGUGGGAACUGGAGCAGAACCCUCCUCUGGGAUUUCUUCUCUUGGAUACAAAUAAGGGAGCCACCUUGCCCCAGGGGGACACAGGGAGUCGGGAUCCGGGUCUGGACUUCUGCAAGGGAGAGAAAGAGCUGGUGUCUCUCAGCCUGGACGAGAUCCUUCAGGAGAACGCCUUGUGUCUAGAUGACCUUUUUCGGAGCUCCAGGUACCCCUGGGACAAAGGAGCAGUGUGCUCCGUGUUGCAGUGGGAGACGCCCUCCAUUCCCGCUCAGGACUUUCCCCGCUGCACGUCGGAGUCGCUGAGCGUCUGUGGCAGCGUGGAGGACCUUCUGGACUUGAGCGGCUCUCCCUGCGCGCAGGGCCCGGCCUGCCCUCCCGAUUCCAGCGAAGAUGAGUUGUCGGUUGGGGAUCAGGACUUCCACCACGGCACGGCCGCAGGCCUGAUCCAUUUCCUCAGCGGCUCCGAAGAACUUAUCCAUUUCAGCGAUGCCCAGUCUCCUCUGCAGGUGUUGGCAGGCACCCCGACUUCCAGCAGGGAGGAUUUAUCUUUAUUAGAAAUUAAGAGGCUUGAGUGCACCUCCACAUGCUCUUCUAUCCGCCCCCAUGACGGAGAGGUUCUAUCACCUGAAACCGGGGACGAACGUCUGUUUAGUGAGCUGGCCAGUGACCUGCUCACUUUGUACAGCUGUUUCCCAAAGACCUCAGCGGGGACCACUGAAAGUGACCAGGCCAGCAGUAGCAGUCCAUUCACAGCAGCUUUGGAUGGAUCAGCGUGCUGCCCAGAGAUAGGCGCUGCGUGCUGUGACCGCCCUCCCGGCCUCACAGACGGCGAAGGCGUGCGCUUCAGCCCGGAGAAUCCCGAUCCUGCCGGGAGUGGGCCUGGGACCAACGUGUCUUCUCUGGGCCCCGGAGAAGAUCCCUCCACCCCUCCUUGCCCUCCAGCCCUGCCACCUCAGGUUCGCAAGAGACCCCCUGACAGAGAUGCCCCCUGCCAGGGUGACCUGGACAGUGGCUGGGGCUCAGACCCGGAUCCCUUAAUGGAGGAAGGGCUGCCUCUAGACCUGCAUGUGUCUGGGCCUGGGCUGUUCCCAGAUCAGCGUUUGACUGCAGAGUCCGUAUGCGACGGGGAAACUUUGCACCCCAGACCACCUGAUGAGACGCAAUGUGAAGCUGCUUCUGGACCGGAGCUCCAUGUAAGACAUAGCGCGUUACACAUUGAUCUGGAAUUUCCGAAGGAUGCGCUUUGCCAUGAACAUCACUUCUCCAGCCAAGCCUACCAGGAUCCUGGCUCAAAACGGACUAGCGAACAGACGUUAGCCGGGCUCUCACUCCCAGGGGAGGGGGUAUGCUCGGCCCUGUCUGUGGGGGGCUGUGAGUCCCAUAGGGAGGGUGACCUGUUCCCUCUGAGGGCUGUGUUCAGUGCCCUGGACCAGGACCGAGAUGGGUUUGUGCAAAUUGAGGAGUUCCUGCAGUUUGCCAAGACCUAUGGAGCAGAACAGGUGAAAGACCUAACGAGGUUCCUGGAUCCCAGCGGGUUGGGUGUGAUCAGUUUUGAGGAUUUCUACCGAGGGAUCAGAGCCAUUGGUAAUGGAGACCCUCAGCUCUGUGACAUGGGAUUACCCCCCCGGGAAGAGCCGCCAUGCUGCCCGGAAGAGUAUGAUGAUUAUGCUGCGUUUGAGCAGAACGAGGUCACAGACAGCGCGUACCUGGGCUCGGAGAGCAACUACAGCGAGUACGAGACGCUCGCGGACGAGGAGGCGGGAGCACUGGCGCGCCCGGAGCUCCACGAGGAGCUGGAGACCGACAGCGCCAUCGAGGCCGCGCUCAACGACCCCGAGGAGGAGGGCCGGAGGCUGUCCCUGGGCUCGGAGCUGAACAGCGUCUCCCUGGGGAUGGGUCAGGGGCCCGGGGAGGUGCACUUUGAGGACUUUGGGGAGGGGAACGAGGCUGAGCUGAUCCAGGACGCCCCCCUGCAGCCUGAGGUGGACUCCAGCCCUGCCGGCCUGGGACAGCACCCCCGCCUGCUUCUGUCUCCCAGCGCUGACCCUUUCCCCGCCAGCUUCCAGAGCUUCCUCAGGGAGGAGCUCCUAGACUUCUUCUGUAGUCAGUGUCACAAGCAGAUUAGCCGCCUGGAGGACCUCUCCACCCGCCUGAACUUCCUUGAGAUGAAUAGGCACCUCCUGCAGGCUGGCCCCUCCGACGAUCUGACUCACCACACGCUGGACCUCGCCGAUACCGACCUCACUGACAAGGUGAUGUACCUGGAGAAGCGUGUGUCGGAGCUGGAGCAGGACUCUGCCUCCAGCACGGAGCAGCAUGCUCGCCUGCGGCAGGAGAAUCUGCAGCUGGUGCACAGGGCCAAUGCUCUGGAGGAGGAGCUGAAGGAGCAGGAGGCGCUGGCUGAGGAGGACCUGCAGUUUGAGGUGCGCAGGCAGAAGGAGGCCCUGGGCAAGCUGGAGCGGGACCGGGGCAUGGAGCUGGAGAACCUGCAGACCAGGCUCCAGCAGCUGGACGAGGAGAACAAUGAGCUGCGGUCCUGCGUCUCCUGUCUGCGCGUCAACAUUGAGAGGCUGGAGGAGGAGAAGAGGAAGCUGCAGGAUGAGAACGAGGCCAUGGCGGACAGACUGAACGAGGAGCUGGAGGUGCAGAGGAAAGUGUCCGACAAGCUGUCCUACGAGAGACACAAAAGCCAGAAGGAGAAGGAGUGUACACAGGAGUUGAUCGAGGACCUGCGGAAGCAGUUGGAGCUCCUGCAGCUGUUUAAGCUGGAGGUGGAGGUCAGGACGGGCCGCUCGGCCAGCGCCGGCCUGCAGGAGUACCACACCCGCACCCGCGAGGCCGAGCUGGAGCAGGAGGUGCGCAGGCUGAAGCAGGACAACCGAGGUUUGAAGGAGCAGAACGACGAACUCAACGGUCAGAUCAUCACCCUCAGCAUCCAGGGGGCCAAGAACCUGUUCGCCGCGUCCUUCUCCGAGUCGCUGGCCGCCGAGAUCAACUCCGUGUCGCGAGACGAGCUAAUGGAAGCCAUUCACAAGCAAGAGGAGAUCAAUUACAGAUUGCAAGACUACAUCGAUCGCAUCAUCGUUGCCAUCAUGGAAUCCAACCCCUCCAUUUUGGAAGUGAAGUAAAGGCCAGCCCGUCCCCCGUCCCC